AUGUUUCAUUGGAGUCCAGCAUCACUUCUCAGCACUGUGUUCUUGGUGCUGAGCGCCACAACUCUAGGUAGCUCGGAAGGAGAUGGAACAACAAUCAAGUAUAAAGCAACUAUCGGGCAGAGCCCCGUGUGCCUCAGCGAGGUCAACACUGCACGUCAGGCAGUUGGGCUGCCCAAUUUUGCAGAGGCUACAGAUGAUAAAAAAUUAGACGAUCCAAAGGGAGCAGAGCUCCAGGAUGGCAACGACUGGAAAAAAGUCUGCGAAUACUUGAUUCCAACUCAAGAAGCGGCACCGGUGACUGAAGUAAGCGCAACGAAGCCAUUUGAAGACGGAACUUAUGCUUUCAAGUCCCUAGCUGACAAGGAACCCAAUUGCAAGGAAACAGUUGAUUCGUGGACAGCAGCCUACAAAAACUUCACUGGCCUUCCUCCGUCAAAGACUGAAGGCGACACACUGUACAGCAAUCAAAAUAACGUUUCUUUUGUAGCCCUGUACAACCCUUCAUCUAGUGCCACUGCAGACUGCCGAGUCGUCACUUGCACUCAAACGACUACCUCCACUACAGGUAAUGGUAUGCUGUCAGCUAAUGCGGAGGGCGAAACUACAAAAAACGGUUACGCGUUGAUUUGCAAGACGAUGCCUACUGCUUUUGGAGAUGGCAGCUCCGCUCCAUUCACGCAGGAACAAUGGGACAGGAUCGUGUCUUCUCUCACGGGCUCCGCGUCGAUAGCAGUUCCAAGCUUUAUUGCUCUUGGCAUUGUGACAUUCGGCAUCACGACUUUAUUCUGA